AUGUCAGCUGCCAAAUUCUUUCACUCGUUCUCUCUAGCCCUGUUGUUUUCAUUCUGGGCUGGUCUACUGACAGCUUGGCCGAGUCACACAACAAACAUACCACAACCGAGAGCCCGCAAUAUUCCCUAUCAUGAACUUCAAACUCGAAUUGCUGGACUUGUAUUGACGAGUCAUGAAUCGGAUGCAAACACUCAUCUUCAAAAAUUAUAUAAUGAAUCGAUUUAUGUCGACAACGGAUCGUAUCAAAUACGUCCUCAAGUCUUGGUUCUCCCUCUCACCGUACAGGACGUUCAAGAAACUCUUGUCUUUGCACAACGAUAUCAAACAAGCUUUUCUGUUAAAGGAGGAGGACAUAGUGCAGCAGGUUAUUGUCUGAAUCAUGAUAUUGUUCUAGAUAUGAGAUAUUUCAAUAGGACGUUCAUGUUAGACGCUUCCAGAGGUAUUGCCCUCAUUGAAGCUGGAAUGAUUUGGAAGGAUGUAUAUCCACAGCUCGAUCCGUUUAUUCCAAUUGCUGGAACGUGUCCCCUUGUUGGAGCCAUGGGUUUUGUUCUGGGUGGAGGAUAUUCCAUGUUGAGUAGAAGUUAUGGUCUUGCGAGUGAUCAAAUUCUUCAAUUUGACAUGGUCACUAGUGAUGCCAAGUUCAUUCAUGUGAACAAUGAAACCUAUCCUGAUUUGUUUUGGGCCUUGAAAGGUGGUGGAGGUGGAAACUUUGGAGUUGUCACUGCAAUCAGGACACAAACCUAUCGUUCUCAAAACAUUUUCACUGCAGAGAUUUGUUGGACUUUUGAACAAGCUUUCGAAGUGAUGGAUUUUUACAACAAGUGGACACAAACUGUUCCGAAGGAGAUGGCUGUCUAUGUGUUGUUUUUCCAGGUUCCUCAAACAGGACAGGAUAAUUUAUGUUUGACAUUUGUUUAUAAUGGAGCAUAUUCAGAUGGUUACAAAUUAUAUUCACCUUUUCUUUCAAUGGGAGGAAGCGUCAUUUUCCAAAAAGAACAAACUUUUAUCACAUUCAUUCAUGGAUUUUCAAGUGGAACCACAGAUAUUAAGAAUCGUUUGGGAAUUGUCAAAUCUGGAUUAGUUAACAAGGGAGGGUUUACAAAGCAAUUGACCUCUGUGAUUUAUCAGUUCAUGAAAAAUAGACCUUCCAAGUCGUCCAUGUUAAUUGUUUCCCAUGUUGGUGGAAGAAUUCGAGAAAUUGAUGUGGAAUCGAGUGCUUUCUAUCGACGUGAUCCAGAAUUCACAUUCGAAGUCAAGGCUAUCUUUACCAGAAAAGAAGACUAUGCCAUCAACAGUCAAUGGAUUGAGACAUUUUAUGCUCAAAUGAAACCUCACUUUAAUGGAGCAUAUAUUAAUUAUAUUGAUGCUUUUCUUCCCAAGUGGAAAGAAGCUUAUUACGGACCUUUCUAUGACAGGUUGUUACAAAUUAAGAAAAAGUAUGAUCCUACCAACUUUUUCAAUUUCAAGCAAAGCAUUGGAUCGAAUUAUGACAUUUCAAACGACAUGAAUGAAAAGCAGAAGAGCAAGACCCUAGAAGGGAAAUCAGUACAAAACACACGAGAUCAUGAAAUUUUGAAACGAGUGCAUUUAUUUCAACUGGGACAAGUGACGCGAGAUGUUUCACUCUUGUCCACACUCUUUGCUGAACAGUCAGUUGCAAACAUUCCAAUUGGAAGUUCACAAGUCAUUGGAAAGGAGAAUAUUAUUACAAAUUUUGGAACUUUUUUCAACACUCUGGUAAACAUUAGUGAAAGUAUUACAAGCAAAAUUGAAGUGAAUGAGCUUUAUGCAGGUUUCACAAAAACUAUUUCACAAUAUACCAAAAAAGGCUGUCUUGUGAAUUAUCAUGUCGUGAAUUGGUUCCAUUUCAAUGAGAAGCUAGAAAUUACAGAAUUUAGUGCCUUAUUUAAUCUAACCCAUGUGAUUGAACAAGCUAAUUGCAAGACAUGA